GUACUCAUUUGCUGGAGUGGUUUCACAAAAAGUAACUAAAGCUAUAUUUUUUGGCAAAAGGAACGGAAUUUUUGGGUUACUGUUACAUUUAUUGGCUCCCGCUUUCAUCUUCAUCGUCCUCGGUUGUCCUUCUCUCGGUUCUUUGCUGUACCGCCGUACCUCGUUCGAAGGCGCAAAAUAUUCCGAACUCCGUUCUCACAAACUGAGCAUGGAGUUCGGGUUUUGAUGUCCCCUACAACGUCCCUUGACCUUUCAUAAUGUGAUGUAAUCGACAUGAUUCACGUGCUUUGAAACAAUCAUCUCAACAAAACAUAGUUGCGAAAUCGACGAGACUUUCAACUUUGUGCAUUCAUUGCUGUGGAAGCGGAAGUCGAGCUUGAAACGGCACAGUCAAGAGUGAAGUGCUCCAGAUUCGGCUAAUCGGUUUCCUGUGGCUCACCGCACGACAGUUUGCACCACGUUAGUGCUAAAUCAGUGCAGUGUCAACUGCAUAACUGUCGGAAAAGUGAAAAUUUCUUGCUGCUAACAGGGUGACUAACCUCCUCUCGUUCAAAGAUGUCAUCACAAACAGGAUGAAGUUUAAUUCGCGAUAACGAGCCAACCGCACAGGGAACAGUGAAGUUUGUCAGCAUGCGGACAAAUCCUGUACAUACGUGACACGAAUGCACUUUUAUCAUCUGCUACGUGAAGCAAAAGUGCAGAGGAAAAGAUAUCCAUCAUGAAGGAAAUUGGGCGUCGGGACACGUUGUCGGCACAUCAGACUGUGCAGUUUGAGUCUCCUUCGCAUACAGGAACUCUACUCAAUGGCCUAAACUCCCUGCGUUCACGUGGCCAACUCCUGGAUGUCACGCUCAUCGCGGGAGGCCGUGAAUUUCAUGCUCACCGAGCCGUCCUCGCUGCGUGCAGUGACUACUUCCGUGCCAUGUUCACCGAUCCGAUGCGGGAGAGCACACAACAUGAGAUCUGUCUCAACGGCGUGAGUGCCCAGGGGCUACGUUCUCUCCUCGACUAUGCUUACACGUCCAAACUUGCGUUAAGCCUCGCCAACAUCCAAGACGUUCUAUCAACUGCCAACCACGUAGGACUGACUCCCGUCGUCGAAGCCUGUUCCUCUUACCUUCAGGAACAACUUGAUCUAGAGAACUGCGUCGACGUGGCCACCAUUGCGGAGACAUACUCCCUCCGCCGGCUGAGGAAAAGGGUCUAUCGCUUCAUCUGCGCUCACUUGAGGCAGUUUUCAGAAACUGCGGAGUUUCAGAGGCUCUCGGCAAACCAGCUAGAGCAUCUUCUUGCGUGUGACUUUCCCGUGAACUGCCCAGAAGGGGAUGUCCUCUCCUCAGUUUUGAACUGGGUAGCGGGUGACCUUCGUGAGCGUCUGCCGCACGCGAGGGAGUUGCUAUCCUACGUUUGCUUCUCUGAGAUCCCAACGCCACGUCUGGCAGAACUCUGGAGCUCACCAGUGCUUCAGUGUCUAUUCCCACGCCGAAUUCUUCCUCAGCCAAGCGGCAUUCCUCCACCAAGUCUGGUGAACACGCGUGGCAUGGAACUGGUCUUGUUAAAAGUUGGAGGAUUUGGCCUCUCUGGAGUCACCAAUGAAAUCACGUAUUAUUUGCCGAGUGCUGGGAGGUGGAAAUACCUUACAUCAAUACCGCACGUGGAACAGUGCAACUUUGGAACAGCUGUACUCGGUAAUGAGCUGUACGUGGUGGGAGGAUGUUUCAACCAAAGUCUACACCAAGAGAACGUCCAUCCAUUUGGAUUUCGGUAUAAUGCACUUAGUGGAGAAUGGUCAACAAUGGCUCCGAUGCAUCGUGAGCGCUGUAGGUUUUCAUUGUGCGUUGCGAGAGGCCAUCUUUACGCAAUCGGUGGAGUGGGAGAAAUUGGAAACGAUGUUGAGGACGAGGAUAGCGGAUUGUGCUGUGAACUGUACGAUCCACGAACUGAUGCUUGGCUUCCCAUUGUAUCACUGCCAGGUCCGCGGACUCAGCACGCUGGGGUAUCGUGGGGCCCGUACAUUUUUGUCUCCGGUGGAUUAGACGGCGAUUCAGUUCUUCACACCCUGCUGCGUUACGACACACGGAGUGACGUCUGGGAGGCCAUGUCUCCGAUGCGAGUCCCCCGAGCCGAUCACAGCAUGGUGUGCUACGGGGACCAGCUCUACCUAGUGGGGGGUUGGUACGAGGACCCUGUGACAAGCGGGAGAGUGCUUGUGGAUGCCAUUGAGGCAUAUGAUAUCACAAACAAUGUUUGGGCAGAACUUACAACUGUGCCAACACCACGGUACCACACUGGCGUUUCAGUAUUGGGUUCUUGGUUGUACACUGUGGGCGGGUUUCACAGUGACACAACCUUUGACCGUGCAAGCGGCGUGGUCGAGAGGUACGACCUGGAAGGGGGUCGAGGCUGGGAGGUUGGAGAGUCGUAUCCUCAGGAUACGUGGGAACACACGUGCUGUGCGCUUUUUGUGCCGCGUUGCCGCGAUGACCUCGAUGUGAUAUCCGACAAGACAUUGCUUUGAGUUAUGCACCUUUUGUGUGUAGAUUGUAGUGGUAAGCUGCAUUGCUUCAAGGCUGUGGUCCUUUUUGCAAUUGGUACUUGUCACAGUCACUCAUUUUUAAGCUUUUUUUAAGAGAAGAUUUACGUUUAGCUAAAGAGCCAAUUUCCCACUCUUGUUUACAGAGCAGAGGUUGUGACAGAUACCGUACAGAUUACAUGCCUUUCGCUUUCGCAGAACAUACUGGCGUUCUGACAUUUAAGCAGCCAUAUUUAUUGAGUCUUUUUUUUUUUUUUUUUUUGCUGUUUGUCCAACUCCCAUCUCUCAUUUUAAUUAUGUCACUAAAGUUUCCUCCUUUUGUUUUGUAACUUAGCUGUUUAUUUUUCUGUCAUCAAAUACAGGCUUUAACGUAUCGAGUUGGAAAUUUUUUCGCUUCUCUGCGGAAUUUCUGCUGUAGCAGUCUCCUGCUUUUGCGCACAGUGCUUCCGUCUCUGCGCUUCUGCUCACACUAACAGUUCCUAAUGAUGCCUUACACAUUAUCAGGCAUUGCUACCUCAUCUUAUGCACAGUGCAAUGUAUGGUCUGAGGCUACACCCUGUCCCACACACUUACACAUUUCUGACAAGCAGGCUACUUCAUCUUGCAUAAAGCUGUGAAGUAUAUGUGUGUUAGCUGCAAGUUGGGCACCGAAGGUUGUGAAAUUUUGCCAUGCUGUGUAAAUGAGUCCAUGUUGGCAUGUAGUGCGAAGAACACACAAGCUGCCCAUUUGUUGUUUCAGUACGAGUCGCUUUGUAACGCAAAGCUUGAAAUUUAAUUUCUCGCCCAUCAUUUUGUUUUCUUUUGUAGCUAAAAAUUAUGUAAAUGCUUGGAGAUUAUUUUGAAAAGAUGUUGCUAUA